AUGUGGACGGAUAUAAGGACGCUGCUACUUUUCCACUCGGUCGUCCUCAGCCUUCAUUUCUCGGAGGCAACGGAUGAGUGUGAGGAUGGACAGUUUCAGUGCAACAACAAAAGGUGUAUACCGACCAUCUGGAGGUGCGACGACGAUGACGACUGCUCGGACAACAGUGAUGAGGAGAACUGUCCCAGGAAGACAUGUGCCCCAGCAGAGUUCGCCUGCCUAAACGGCCAAUGUGUCCCGGGACGUUGGCGAUGCGAUGGGGAGCCGGAGUGCCCCGAUGGCUCUGAUGAGGCAGAGGAGACCUGCAGCAAACAGACGUGCCCCCCGGAGAAGUUUGACUGUGGGGGAUCCACCAACAAGUGUGUCUCGCUGUCAUGGAGAUGUGACGGGGAGAAGGACUGCGAGAACGGGGCGGAUGAGGAAGACUGCGCUUCAGAUGCCAAAGCCUGCCCAACCGGUGAGUUCAUGUGUGCCAACCGUAAAUGCUUGGCCUCCGUGUACGUGUGCGACAGUGACGACGACUGCGGAGACGGCAGCGAUGAGCUCAAAUGCACAUCUCCCCUGACCUGCGGGCCCAACCACCUCCGCUGCAACACCUCCGAGUGCGUGCCGCUCAUGUGGAGCUGCGACGGAGACCCGGACUGCUCCGACAGUUCAGACGAGGGGCCCGAGCGCUGUGGGGGCGACGGGGUCCCGUACCUGCUUAACCGCCGGGCAAACUGCACUGCUGGGGAGUUCCGCUGUGCCAAUGGGGAGUGUGUGCGGCUCACGUGGAAGUGUGACGGAGAUCCAGACUGCAAGGACAAGUCGGAUGAGUCUGACUGCCCCCUGUUGACAUGUCGCCCCGAUGAGUUCCAGUGUGGUGACGGUUCCUGCAUCCACGGCACCAAGCAGUGUAACAAGGUCCAUGACUGUCCUGACCACAGCGAUGAAUCUGGCUGUGUCAACGCCACCAAAUGUGAGGGACCCCUGAAGUUUCUGUGUAAGAACGGGGAGUGCAUCGAUAGCUCCAAGGUGUGUGACUCUGUCAAGGACUGCAAGGACAGAUCAGAUGAGCCUAAGAAAGAGUGCGGGCUGAAUGAGUGUAUGAUCAACAACGGAGGCUGCUCCCAUGUCUGCAUGGACCGACCGAUCGGCUUCGAGUGCCAGUGCCCCACUGGCUAUCAGCUACUGGACAAAAAGACCUGUGGUGACAUUGACGAGUGUGAGAACCCGGACGCCUGCAGCCAGAUCUGCAUUAACUACAAGGGGGAUUUUAAGUGUGAAUGCUAUGAAGGUUACGAGAUGGACCCUGUUACCAAGACCUGCAAGGCAGAAGGGAAGAGCCCUUACUUGCUGUUCACCAACCGGCAUGAGAUCCGGCGCAUCGACCUGGUGAAGAGGGACUACAGCCAGGUGGUGUCCACCCAGAAGAACGCUGUGGCCCUGGACCUGGACGUGGCCAACAAUCGAAUCUUCUGGUGUGAUCGCUUUCACCGGAAGAUCUACAGUGCCUUCAUCCACGAGGCCAGCGACCCCUCCCAGCAGGUGUCACUGGUGGAUUCAAACCUGCAGACCCCCGUGGGUCUGGCUCUGGACUGGCUCCAGCACAACCUGUACUGGGCCGACUCCGGAGACAAAUCCAUCUCUGUGGCCUCGGUGGACGCAACCAAGAGACGCGUUCUCAUCAACACUGACCUGAGUGAACCCCGGGCCAUAGCGCUGGAUCCCCACCACGGCUUCAUGUACUGGUCAGACUGGGGCACGAGAGCCAAGAUAGAGAAGGCCGGGAUGAAUGGAGUGGACCGACAGGUGCUGGUAGUAGAUAACAUUGAAUGGCCCAAUGGCAUCACUUUAGAUGUAGCCAACAGGCGCCUGUACUGGGUGGAUUCGAAGCUGCACCUUAUCGCCAGCGUGGACCUGAACGGAGCUCACCGCCGGACCCACAUGUCAUCUGCAGAGAGACUGGGACACCCCUACGCUCUGGCUGUGUUUGAGGAUCGUAUCUACUGGACAGACAGAGACAGGGCGGCCGUCUUCAUGGCCAACAGGCUGAGCGGUCAGGACAUCCACACGCUGGCCGAGAACCUCAACGACCCCCAUGACCUUGUGGUCUUCCACCAGCUCCGCCAGCCGCCAGGCCCAGACAGCUGUAAUCUGGGCAGUGUGGCCAAUGGCGGUUGUGCGUACUUGUGUCUUAAGGCUCCGCAGAUUACCGAGCACUCGCCCAAAUACACCUGCGCCUGCCCCGACGGACAGGACCUGGGCCCUGAUAUGAGGGGCUGCGUGCCAGCAGCGCCAAGAAACGACACAACGACCGCCUCGCCUCCCGCUGGAGUCACACCUGGCACCGGAGCAACUGUUGCCGAAGACCUCCCGCCUCCCACGGGGGGCGUGUCGCAGGCGGACGCUACCCCCCACCUGACCACAGCUCCCUCUGGUGCCCCCGAUCCCCUCACGCCCAUCUCCACCUUCAAGCCCGUGUCGUCAAAGGAGUCAAAGGCGCUUGGCUCCCACUCCACCGCCACCGCGAUGGUCGUCUCUACCACACCUGCGGGGGACAGCAGCGUCUCUCAACACUCUGGAAGCGAGCAUUUCCUCCUGGGCGAGAACCUGACAGUGGCUGUUUUGGGAGUGGUCAUCCCCAUCGUUCCUAUCGUUGCCACAGUGGUGUUCGGGCUGGUCUGCGCCGGGGUCUACCUGGUGUGGCGCAACUGGCGGCGCAACUCCACCAAGAGCAUGAACUUCGACAACCCCGUCUACCGCAAGACCACCGGCGAGGGCGAGGAGGACGAGAUCCACAUCGGGAGGACCGACGGCAUGGGGCACCACGCGCACCACCACCCGUACCCGCAGGGCGUCAACAUGGGAGUCGUGGGCGCGGGGGGCGGCACCUGCCCGCAGUUCAUCGCCCUGCCGCUCGGGGGCAGCAUGCCUGAUCCGGGGACUCACUGGUACACCGAGCAGCCCAUGCUCUCCACCGCAAAGUGACCCACGAGAGCGGACUCCAGGGGGGAAGAUGGCCGCUCAGGCACACGCACACACAGCGAGGUCAGGGGUGACUCGGACUGAGAGUUCGCAGAAGGGACAAACAACAUAUCAUCGAGUGUCACAUGCAGCCAUUCACAGCCAGUGUCCUAUGCCAAUUUCCAUUUGAAAAAAACAGCAGAUUUAAUAAGAGUGACAUGAUUCUUUAACAAAAAAUUGUUUCAUACCUUUCCCUGUGCUGGAGCCGGAUCUACUUUUUCUCCAGUUAAGUGUUGAGAGUUAACGACAGAGUUAUCAGUGUGUCAUUGUUUGGUCCCUGCGUCGACCUGAGCUGGAAGUCAGAGUGGUUCCUCUUUUGCGUUGAUGACUGAGUGAGGCGUGUUUUGCAUUUUGUGACAGGUAUAGUGAGAGGUUCUGUUUCGUCCUUGAUGUAUUAAUUUGGGCUUUGUGUUAUUCCUGGCGGGCCGCGGCGCUCUGGGGACACCGUUUUAGCGAGGAGGAGCUCCGAAAACUGGGACAGCAUCUGCGUUGAUGGGACAAUCUGUACAGAUUCAUGCUCGAAUCGAUCAUAAAAGUCAUUACUGGAGCUAUGUUUUGUCAUUCAUAGCGGCUUCUUCUUUGUAAGGUUUUUCCGCCCUCUGAUUAAUUUUAAAGAACAGCUACCACCCACAUGAUGUGCUUCCUCUCUAGUUCAGAGGAGAGCUUUUCAGGGUGAGUUGUCUCACAUUUCAGCAAGCGGUUGAACACUGUUCAUUUAAGAGGUUACCUUCUCAUCCGACCUCUAGCACCCCAGGGUUUCGACAGGGUGCAGCGGGUUUUGCGGGCUGGAAAGACAGGAAAUGGAGUCGACCUUUGUUCUAUAUGAGCUGAGGUUAGAGGGAGGUUGUGUCUUCUUUAUCGUGACUUGUUUGAUGUUAAAUGGUUUGAGAAAAGCAAUAGACCGCAGCUUUUAGUCAGGCUGCGGUGUUAACGUGGUUGACAAAAACCCCUCCAGUGUUAGGAAUUUUAUUUGAUCACCCGCUUCUGUGACAAAUGCACACAUAAAUACACGCGGGGCGCAGCGAUAGCUAAUUCAUGCUGUUCUCCAGAGGACGGAGACAACGAGCUCUUGCCCUCCAAAAACACAAACAGCAUGCAUAAUUGCUCACCGAGUGACAAUGCGGCCAGUCAUUGUUCCUGGCAAGUUACACGCACACGCACACAAACACGUGCAUGCACACACACACGUGCGCGAGAAGCGAGCUGAAUUCCGCAGCCUCCUCCUGAGAGGGCCGAUAUCUGAGCAGACAGUUUUGGAAAGCUCCGUGUGGGAGGGCCCAGCUGGUGGCAGAAUGAUGAAAACGAGCCAUCAUGUGAUGUAACCACAGAGAACUAAAAUCAGACUGUGAUGUACGAGGUUGAGACCAAAUUGGCCAAUCACUGAACAUGUUUCAUGCUGUUUUAGUCCCGCCAUUAACACUGUAACUCCAUUCAUAAAUCUUAGAAGUCGGUGUGUGUGUGUGUGAGUGUGUGUGUGUGUGUGUGUGUGUGUGUGUGUGUGUGUGUGUGUGAGUGUGUGUGUGUUCAUUAUUAUGCAUGUGAGUGCUAACGUUCAUCCCACAGCCAUAUUUGAACUGUUUUGUAUGCUCUUUGUUGCACAACCCUCUUUAGAAUGCCUUCUGUAUUGUGUAUUGCAUGGAAGAAAACAGUGUAUGAAGGUGUGUGGAUACACAGGUGUGUAAGUGCGUAUGUGUGUAUGUGUGUAUUAGAGAGAAAGAGAGAGAAACAGUGUGUGACACUGGAGGAGCGUUGAGGGUGCUUUUUGACUCAUUGAUUUGUAAAUAUGUUUUCAUAAGGUUUUUGAUAAUGUAUUAUACAAUUAUGUAAAAGAGAAGCUGUACAUAAGAUUUUAGAUAAAGUGUUGACAGGUAUAUUAAUUUAUUUGUAUAAAAGGAGAGCACUGCAUUCCCUGAUUGUACGAAAUCUUAAUUAUCCACCAAAGUGGUUUGUGUUGUUUAUUGCUGUGCAUCAUUUAGAAUCCUCUUUUGAGUGCAACCCUUUUUUUUUUUCCUUUAUGUAAACAACAUGGUAUCUCCUCCACGAAUAACUCCCACAUCUUUGCAGCCCUUCCCGACCUUGGUGUUAACGAGAUGAUUGAUUUUUUGUUUUGUUUUGUUUUGUUUAUUUGUGCCUUUUUGUUUACUCUUUUUUUCAUCCUCCUCUAGUGUUUUUCAUGAAAAGGACAGGGAUCAGCCAGCUACUGUACGUGCAAAGAUGAACUGUAAGACUUAAGACCAAACUGGUUCCACUUUUUGCUUUUCUGUAAUGGAUUACUUUUGAAUAUCUCUAUAUAUUGGUAUAUAAAAUCUGACUGAA